AUCGCUGCCAAAGUAUAAAAAUCAAAGUUGAGAUGUACAUUCUUGAUCAAUUUUCAGGAGACAAAACAGAUCCUUCUUGAUUUCAAAAACAUCAAAAAGCUCUUCGUCUUUACAUGUAAUGAUAAAAUAGACAAAAGAAGUAUAGUAGAAAAAGCUUUUCAAGUCAAAUUGAAAACAUCCGAUAUCAUAUCGUUGCAAAGAUACAACAAAGACUGGGGGGAAGAUGUCGACAUUGAGCCACAAGAAAUUCGUGACCGCGACAAGAUAAAAGUACUUGUGAUCGAGAAUGGCUACAUAGACAGACCUAUCGACCAUUCAUCGAAUAGAAGCAGCUAUUCAGGUGACGAGAGAGGUAGUAAGAGUAGUAACUCUGCCGUCAACCGUGGCGUGGAACAUUUGAUGGAAAAUGUAGCUAAAGCUCAAAGUUCACUUGAGUAUAAACUAAGUAUAGCCAAAGCAACACUACAGUCACUAAAGGAAACCCCUAGACCCAGAAAUGCACUUGGUAAUAAUCGUCAUUUCACCUGCAGUAAUUGUCAUUUAAAGGGCCACCGUACUAAUAAUUGCAUGCAGCCACCAUGCGUAGGUUAUUUCGAGUGUGGUAAUUUGGCAUUACACAAAGAACAUCGUGACGAAAUAAAACAGGCAGAGAAUGAAGUGAAGGAGCUACAAAAACAGUUUGAAAAAAAACAAAAGUGAUAUGGACAACUACAAGCUGCUUCAAGAUCGCACAAAGACUAAUUUUUUCUCACAGAUGCGUCAGAAGCUAUUUAUCUGCAACCCUGUUAAGUAUUCUAACAGAACAAAGCUAGAUAACGAUCUACGUAUAUUGGCAGCAGCGUGCAGUCAUCGACCACCUCCAGCUUCUGUAGAUUUGGAACAAAUGAUUGAGAGUUAUCAAAUGAAAUCAAGAGCUGUGUUUGAUCAAAGUUCCAGGUCAGAUGACAGCAUGUUUAAUUACCAUCCCACCCUGCCUAAUUACAACCAGAUGGAGAAUUGUAAUUUCCCUGUUACAAUUCAUAAACCAAGGUCACCAUUUACCAUAAACAAUGCAAGCCCUUUACAUAACAUUCAACCACCUCAUGGAACUAACAGAUUUGUAGCUCCAAGUCCACCACCAAGAAUGUAUGUCAGAUACCCAUCGCCUUCAGUAAGGAGACAGCCAUACAAAAGUCCUACAUCUCCCCAAACCUAUGGUUAUCAAAGUCCAACUUGGCUAUAA